AUGCGAUCUCGGCGGACGAGUGGCGCGAGCGCUGGUGAGCGCCAGCCCCUGUGGGUAAGACCAGAUGAGCUGGAGGACAGUGACAACAAAGACCUUGACAAUAAGCGCCACCUCGGCCUCUUCUCGACGGCCCUACUCCUGACCAACCGCAUGAUCGGCGCCGCCAUCUUCUCCGUACCGUCUUCCAUCUUUCUCAGCGUCGGCAGUGUGGGCGCGGCACUUUCAUUAUGGGUGGUGGGGAUUAUCCUGACCUUUUGCGGAUUUUACAUCUACUUGGAACUGGGCUGUCUGAUGCCGCGCACCGGUGGCGAGAAGGUGUACUUUGACACGGCAUAUCCUCGGCCCUACCGUCUCGCCAGCACGCUUUACGCCUUCUACGUGCUAUUCGGAUUUCCGGGCCUGGCGAGUAUCGUGGUCGCGGAUAACACCCUCUUGGCUUUCAAUAUUGCUGCCGGUGAGACCGGGCAACGACUGACCGCGGUUGGCGUGAUGGCCUUGGUCGCCGCAUGCCUCUCGAUAUCUCGCGAAUGGAGCGUGCGAAUUGUCAACUCGUUAACCUUGCUGAAGCUUGCGACCUUCCUGUUGAUUCUUGCAACCGCGUUUGCCAUUGUCGUGGGUGUCCUUCCAAGCAAUGUUGAUACCGGUGUCAACUUUCGCCAACCAUUCGCUGGCUCCUCAACCACGGUAUACGACUACACGGUCUCACUGUUCAAAGUGCUAGAAUCUUUCUUGGGGUGGAACAGUGCAAGCAUGGUGUUAGGGGAGGUCAAGAACCCCCGGAGGACCCUCAAGGUGGCUGGCCUGCUUGGCGUCGGCUCAGUUGGCAUGCUCUAUCUGCUCAUCAAUGUCUCCUAUUUUAUUGUUGCGACACCGGAUGAUAUUAGCCGGGCCGGUGUGCAGCUGGUCGCCCGUCUACUGGGCAGCAUCUUCGGGAGCGCAGCCUCGCGUGUCACCGCGGCCAUGGUCGCUCUCUCCACCUUCGGCAGUAUGAUUUCGACAGCAUUCGCCGUCACGCGGGUGAUCCGGGAGCUUGCCAUGGAAGGAAUCGUUCCAGCAGCUGGCAUUCUGUCCAAGUCAUCCAAGUCCGGUAACCCGGCCACCGCGACAUCGGUGUUCAUGUUCGGACCGUCGGUAGUGGCCGUCCUACUCUUGCCCUUUGGGGAUGCCUAUGCCUUUCUACUGGAUGUGAACCAGUAUUUGCUGGUGAUGGUAUACGGGGCUGUCGUGGUAGGUCUCUUCAUCAUUCGACAGUACGUUCCAGCCGCAGACUAUCCGUUCCGCGUCUGGACGUGGGUUCCAUGUCUCUUUCUUGCUUGCCAGGUUUUCCUACUACUGUCCCCCCUUGUAUCUUCCAGCGGGGCUGGCGAUACCAGCUUGCCGUUCUGGCUUGCCCCAGCCGUGUCCUUCUUCGUGAUCGGGCUCGGUAUAUUGUACUGGCGUCUGAAGUCGUUCGUCGCCUCUUCCGGGGACGAGCCGUUUUGGACCCGACGGGAUAAUGUUGAGUCGUAUGGCUCCGUGGCCACGUCAUAA